AGCACGUGAUUUCCUUCUCGCGGAGAAUCGAAACCGCAGAAAUUUGGGACAGAAACUCCCGCUGUCCCCAUGGAGCUCUGGAGGGCGGCGGCCGCUGUGGCCCUGGCGGUGGCGGCCGUGGUGGCGGCGGUGACUGUCCCCACCCUGCUGUGCCAGCGCGGGGGGGACAGGGACACCCGCGAGGGGCUGCAGAGGGCUCUGGAUGCCACCAACAGGUCCCUGGCCGUGUCCCGCGGGAGGUGGCAGCGCUGCAGGGAGGAGCUGGGAGCGCUGCAGGGGACAGUCCUGGAGCUGGAGCAGGCGCUGGCCAAUGUCACCCGGCUGGAGGAGCAGAACCGGGCUCUGGGGACAGAGGUGACACGGCAGCGGGAGCAGCUGGCGGAGGAGGAGAGCCUCAGGGCCCAGCUCCAGCUCCAGCUCCAGCUCCUGCAGGAGCAGCUGCGGGACGUGAGGAGCCAGCGCUCCCCAGGGGACAGGCUGGCCGUGUCCCCCGCUGUCCCCGCACUCCUCCUCCUCCUCCUUGGCCUCCUCCUGUGACCCCGAGCACGCCGGGGUCCCCCUGUCCCCUCUGUGGGGUGACCAGGGACUGUCCCCACCCGGCCAGGGGGUGGCAUGUCCCUGUCCCCUGCUCAGCCCUGUCCCAGUGUCCCCAACUCCACGGGGACAUCCUGGAGUGACCAUUCCCCUCCGGCCACCACGGGGAGGGAGGGGACAGGAACAGGGACAGGGACAGGGACAGGGACAGGGACAGGGACAGGGACAGGGACAGGGACAGGGACAGGGACAUGCCAGCGCUGCCCUGAGCCGCAGACCUUCCCCAGUUCCUCGAUUUUGAACCCAUCUCCAAUAAAACCCGGCCAACGUCGCCUCGCUCUCCCUGUGGGGGACAUGGAACUCCCUGCUGGGGACACAUGGACACCGAGGCCACCCCGGCUUGUCCCCUCAGCUGGGACAGAGCUGUCCCCUGUCCAGCACAAACAAAAACCUAUUCUGGGCCCUGACCCGCCACAAACCUCGGCCCACGCGCGACAAUUACGGUGUCACCAGCAGCGCCACCGCCACAUCCUGGCACGGCCAUUGCCGGAGCGGGUCCUCCUGUCCCUGCCUGUCCCCUCUGUCCCCUCCGGUCCCUGCCUGUCUCUGUCUGUCCCCUCUGUCCCCUCCAGUCCCCUCCUGUCCCCUCCUGUCCCCUCCCGUCCCCUCUGUCCCCUCUGUCGCCUCUGUCCCCCGCAUGGACCCCGCGGUGCCCCGGGCCACUCUGAAGGUGCUGGCGCGCUGCGCGGCGCUGCUGCUGCUGGUGGCGGCGGUGACAGCGGCGGUGGCGCUGCUGCUGCGGCGCUCCGAGGCGCUGCGGGCGCUGCGCGGCUGCGGGGAGCGGGCGGCGAACGAGAGCCGGGAGCUCGGGACGCGCCUGGCGGAGCUGGAGCGGCACCGGGAGCGGAGCUGGAACGAGAGCCGGGAGCUCGGGACGCGCCUGGCGGAGCUGGAGCGGCACCGGGAGCGGCUGCGGAGCGAGAGGGACGCGCUGCGCCGGGAGCUGGCACGGGCACGAGGGGACAGCAGCAGGGACAAUGCCAGCCUCGUGUCCUGCCGCGAGCGGGCGGCCAGGCUGGAGGCCAAUGUCACCGCUCAGGGGGACGAGCUGGUGGCGCUGCGGCGCGAGCGGGCCCAGCUGGCCGGUGACAAAGCGGCCCUGCAAGAGGAGGUGGCGCGGGGCGCGGAGCGGGCGCGGCGGCGGCUGCAGGAGGCGCUGCAGGAGCAGCGGGAGCUGCGGGAGCGCCGGGAGCGCUGCGAGGCGCGACAGAGGGAGCUGCAGGACAGCCUCCGGGACCGCGCGGCCGAGCUGGAGGCGCUGCGGCGGCGGGGCCGGGACAGAGGCGGCGGGCGCAGGUGUCCCCCGGGCCAGCGGAAGGGCUGAGCCCCACGGCCCCCCCGGCCCCGUCCCGGCCAGCGCCACAUCCCCGGUGUCGCGAUGUCCCCGGUGUCGUGGUGUCCCCGGUGCUGCGGUGUCCCCAGCGCUGCCACCUGCGGGCCUGGCCCGGCCCAGGAGCCGCCAGCGCAACGCGGAGACCGUGGCGGGGGGACACGGGUCCUGAUCCUAUUGUGGUGACUGAUCCCAUUGAUCCCUGAUCCCACUGAUACCUGAUCCCACAGAUCCCUGAUCCCUGAUCCCACUGAUCCUUGAUCCCAUUGAUCCCAUUGGGUGCCAAUCCCAUCCCACGUCCUUAUCCCAUCCCAUGUCCCAGUCCUGAUCCCAAUCCCGAUCCCAAUCCCGAUCCCAAUCCCUUCCCGAUCCCGAUCCCAAUCCCAUCCCGAUCCCGAUCCCACUCCCACCGUGCUCCCGCCCCCUUUGUGCUGCCAUCCCGUGUCCCGCUCCCGCCGUGUCCCCGUCCCGUUCUGCAGCCAGACAGGGCACACAGGGGACAUGGGGGACACAGGGGGACACGGGGGCUCCCUCCUCCAGCUUUUUGGGGCAGUUUCGGCUCAUCCCAGGCACGGAUUUCCCUGGAAUCCCCUCCGGGAGCUCCGGCCACGCCCGCAGCGCUCCAGAGCCCGGGAACAGCGUGGAUUUGGGGGAUUUUGGGGACCUUGGGCAAUAAAAGCUGCGCUGCUCACCAGGA